AUGGGUAAGAAAGCAGCAAUGCAAGUCGUGAUCAUAGCGUUGGUUACCGCACUGGAAUCUCUUGAUCGUUUGACCAGACAGAGCGCAUGCGUAGCUCUGGGUGAGAUGGGUACUAAAGCAGCGACGAAAGAGGUGAUCGCAGCGCUGGUAGCCAGACUGUGGGAUGCGGAUGAUUUUGUCAAAGGUUCAGCAUGUGAAGCUCUUGGUCAAAUGGGUGAAAAUGCAGCAACAAACGAUGUGAUUGCAGCGCUGACGAUCGCACUGGGAAAUGCCGAUAAUAUUGUCAGAAGCAAGGCGUGUGAAGCUCUCGGUCAUAUGGGUGAAGAAGCAGAAACAAACGACGUAAUCGCAGCGCUGAUUAUCGCACUGAAGGAUUCCGAUAAUAAUGUUAGGAGAAUCGCUACAAAUUGUAUAGUAUCUCCAAGAUUUAUAUGA